UAUCCAUUUCCUUCUCUUUUCUCCAAAAGAAAAAUUUUAACCCAAGAUUAUUCUUCUUCUUCUUCUCAUCUUUUUUGUUUCUUUCAUGUUCUAAUUCAUAGCCACCAACAAUCUUUAAGAAAAAUAAAGAAUCCCUAAAGGAACAGGAAAGGAAAGGUGAGGAAGGAGGAUAAAAGGCCAUAAAAGAAUGGAGGAAGCUAUGGCAGAAAAUUACUGGUGUUACCAAUGCUCUCAAGUAGUGACCCCUAUUAUGGGAAUUGAGAUUAAAUGCCCAUUUUGUCAAGGUGGGUUUAUUGAACAAAUGAGCAGUGGUACAAGAGGCAGUGAAGACAUGGAUUCUGAUAUGGGAUCAGACCGAGCACUAUCUUUGUGGGCACCAAUCUUGUUAGGUAUGAUUGGUAAUCCCCGUCUUCGUAGAAGAUUUGAUCGUAUUGAUUUUGAAGAAGAGAAUAAUGAGAAUGACAAUGAUAAUGGUGAAGGUCGCCAUGAAGGAAAUACUGAUUUGGACCAAGAGCUCGAAUCCAUCAUUAGAAGGAGGAGGAGAAGCUCUGCUACAAUUUUGCAAUUGCUUCAAGGUAUUAGAGAUGGAAUGGCAUCCGAAGUGGAGAAUGCUGAGAAUGAUAGAGAUAGAGGUAUGGGUACGAGCAGGGAUCGGGAUAGGGAAAGAGAGCGUGUUAUUUUGAUCAAUCCUUUCAAUCAGACUAUCAUCGUCCAAGGUCCUUACGAUUCCAGUCAGAGUGGUCUGAGCCAAAACUCGAACCAUACAAGGUCUUUAGGCGACUAUUUCAUGAGUCCUGGACUAGACUUAUUGUUGCAACAUCUGGCAGAGAAUGACUCGAACAGAUACGGAACUCCACCAACGCAAAAAGAGGCAAUCGAAGCUUUGCCCACCGUGAAAAUUGAGGAGAUGCUGCAAUGUUCUGUGUGCUUGGAUGAUCUCAAGACCGGUAACGAGGCAAAGGAAAUGCCAUGUAAACAUAAGUUCCAUGGCGAGUGUAUACUGCCAUGGCUGGAGCUCCAUAGUUCUUGUCCGGUUUGUAGAUAUCAAAUGCCCACAGACGAAUCAAAACUGGAUUCCGAGAGACCAAGGGCUAAUACCAAUCGAAGAGAAAGCGGAAACAAUGUGCGCGGUAGCAGCGAAGAGGGCGAAAGAGAUGGGAGAAACGGGAGCGGGAGAAGGUUCUCAAUCCCGUGGCCAUUCAAUGGUUUGUUCUCGUCAGGAUCUCAAUCUAGUGGAGCCAAUUCUUCCGAUACUUCAUCGUCGUCUCAAUCCACAACUACUUCACAAAGAGAUGAGAAUAAUUGACAUUUCCAAUAAAUAAUUGGGUCGUAUUAGCAUAGCAUCCUCCUCCUCAUCAGUCUUCGCUAUGCUGCCUAAAUAUUUUCUGCCUUUGCUUUUUAUGUAGAUAGUAAUUUUUCAUUGAAUUUGAAUCUUGGGGGAAAACAUAUAUUUAUUUGUGCUUUGGUUUUCAAUUUCUCUAAUGUUAAAGAUCCUUGCCCUUGGAAGAGUUUCCCAUAUUGAUUCUUACCUACUCUUGGAUCCUCAUAUAUGUAAUUUCUUUCUUUUUUUUAUUUAUCUAUACUCAUUUGAUAAAAGUUAAAUUAUAAAUGGUGAAUGUUUCGAUGGGAAGAAUAUAA